AACUGACUUUCAGUGCCGGGGACAUUAUCACUGUGUUUGGGUCCAUGGAUGAUGAUGGAUUCUAUUAUGGAGAGCUGAACCAACAGAGAGGGCUUGUUCCAUCUAACUUCUUGGAAGCUGUAACUUCAGAGGGAGGCGUUGUCGAGAAACUUCAUUCAAAAGAUAAAGAAGCUUUUCCACUGAAUGCUGAGAGCCAGUUAAGUCCAGAUGGGUCUGUUGAUCAGAGUGACUCCUCACCAACUCCUCCUACUCUACCACCUUCCUGCCUUGUCAUGGGCGAGCAGUGUCCAGAGCUGGCAUCGCUGGCCGUUCUCAAAUGCAGUGAUGUACCUGGUCAGAGUAAAAAGAAGAGAGGCUUCUUCUUCAAAGGAAAAAAACUCUUCAAAAAACUUGGGUCCAGUAAGAAAAAUUAACAAGGGAUUUACUGUUCUGUAAAGACUGCCUGUGCAGUCCACACAGGGACUGAGAAUUCGGGAGGAGCCCUCUGCAAUAAGCUGAUUAGAGUACUUUGAUAGGGAAAAAGUGUAUGUUGAAUAGAGAAAACUCUUCAGUGGGUCUGUGAGCUGUGGUCUCUGCUGAGAACCCAGCCCUGGCUGCCCAGCCAGCGUGGGCAGUGGCUCUGAACACAGUGUCAUGGCACUGGGGUGUGUGAGGCCUCAGCUCUAGGAUACAGCUACCUCCACAGUAGUGUGUCCUGCUCCAUGCAGCCCUCAAUGCACCGGUUCCCUGUAAAUAUUAUCAUUUAAAGAUUAUAUUCUGGCUGUAAGUUAGCUAAAUGACUUUUCCCAGCAAAACCCCUUAGGAAGUGUUCCCUUGUACUACACACCCUGGUAUUUCUCUGGUCCAAAGGAGGUUGUGUCAACUCCUUCACUUCCUGCAAAGAAAAUUUGCACUUUUCCAUUCCCAUGAAUCCCUUUUGCUGUCUCUGGGCUGACAAGUGAGUUAUUUGUACUGUAAACCUGUAAAUAUGCAGCUGUGCCUAGGAGCAUCCCACACUGCCUCGGUCAUGUUUCAGCGCGAGGAUUCCCGUGGAGGAAGGAGCAAUACCCUGAAGAGGGUCGAUACUUCUGCCUGUGGGGUGGGCUGCUGUGAGCUGCUCUUGGCUGGUUCACCUCGACCACGCACUGGCUGAGGACUCCGCCUUAUUUAUUUAUUUAUUAUUUAUUUAUUUAUUCAUUCAUUCAUUCAUUCCUUUUUUGUCUGCCUCUUUUGCAGUUUUGUUUGGCUGUUUCAGUGGGCUGCUCCUGAGUUGGAGCAUUUGGAGAGCAGAGCUGGGGAUGGAGAGUUUGCAGCUGUUUUCAUAGGAGAUGAUGUGUUCCUUGAGUUAAGACACAUCCCUUUCUAAGCCACGGAGAGUUUUGUACCACAUGGUUUCUAUCCUUUCAGUGUUUCUUUCUUUGCAUGUUUCAGUGGGGUACAUGUUUUGAGAAGGACAGUUAUGUGUGAGGUAUGUGAAUGAUGCCAGCACAGUGUCCACGAGUGCUGGUGAUACGGUAUGUUUUUAUUUAAUAUCAAAUUUUAUUAUAAUAAAGUCUAUUUUCACAAAAAUACAUUUUCCUUAAAAAAGC